AUGACUUCUGUUGUGAAUUUGCAAGCUAGGCAUUGUCCUCAUGAUGAGCUCUUGCCGCCGCCGCCGCCGCCGAGGCGAUCUUCGAGGUUGCAGAACUCUACUCCAGUUAUCUACGCAGAAAUCUGUGCAGAAAAGAAAGAAAAAUCAGCGAAAAAAGGUUUGCCGUUGAUUGCACAAGGGGAAAGGGAAGAAGUCUAUACAGAUGAGCAUGCUGCAUUGCUGGGAAGCUGUGAGACUAGCUGGACGCUCUUUGUGGAUGGGUAUGACAAUGAUGGGAAACGUGUAUAUGAUCAAGUCAAGGGGAAGACUUGUCACCAAUGCAGGCAGAAAACUCUUGGUCACCAUACACAUUGCAAUAGAUGCAAUCUGGUUCAAGGGCAGUUUUGUGGGGAUUGUUUGUACAUGAGAUAUGGUGAGAAUGUUUUGGAAGUUGAGAAGAAUGUCAAUUGGAUAUGUCCUGUUUGCCGAGGCAUCUGCAAUUGCAGUCUUUGUCGAACCAAGAAAGGAUGGGCCCCUACUGGUGCACUCUAUAAGAAAGUCUUGAAUUUGGGAUACAAAUCAGUAGCACAUUAUCUUAUUCAGACUCGACGAAACCAGACAAACUCAGGAGACCAGAUCUCUGACCAGGAGUUUGUAUACUUCAGCAAUAUAGAUAAGAGCUCACAACUAAAUACCCUUGAAUCAGAGGUUGGCUUGGACUCAGAGAUCGCCGAUAAGAACUCCAGGGAUUCCCAGGAGUUGCUCCCUUUGAGCAAUGAGCUUGAGACCUCAAGAGCCAAUACCCUUGAUUCAAAGACUGGCUUGAACUCAGAGAUCACUGGUAAGAACUCCAAUGACUCUGAGGAGUUGGUACUCUUCAGCAAUGGGCAAGAGAUCUCAGAACUCAAUAACCUUGAUUCAGAGACUGGCUUGAACUCAGAGGUUGCUGAUAAGAAUAGCAGCAUCUCAAGGGGAAGUACUGUGAAACCUAAAGGGAGAAACAAGAAAUUGAAGGAGGCUGGUUCAUUCGAGAAACUAAGAUCAGACAGUAUCGCUAGUAGACUGCGGAAGCGUGUAAAGGUUACUACUGACUGACUGGGCGAGAGAUGUUCUGGAUAGGGCAAGCGAUAUUUUGGGCGCAUCAGUUUGCAGGUCUAUAGUUAGCAGACGUGGUGGAGUGGAAUCAUUUUGUGGGUUGCGGGUCUAAUAUGAGCCUGGGUAUAUGAAGCGUUGACGAUGGCAAGUGAUAUUUUGGCUGCAUCAGUUUGCAGGUAUAUAUAGUUAGCUGACAUAGAGAAGCGGAGUUAUUUUUGUAGGUUGCGGGUCUAGUACGGGCCUGUCGAAACCCUUUCUUAAGUUUUGCAGCAUGAAUACAUGAUGAGUGUCAUCUCAUGUUUAUUUUUGUCCGCUCUUUCAGAAUUAGACGGAUGGGAUAUUGAUUUUAAAUACAUUUCUUAUUUGCCUUCUUCUAUA